CUACUGGCGAAGGAGAAACUAUAAACAACAAGCAGCGAGCAGAACAAAGUGGGCGGGGCGUUUUCAUGCUGUUUACUCUGACUGAAUCAUGAUUUGAAAACAUCGUCUCCAGUCUUUUCCUUUCAUGUUUUCUUAUUCAAGCUGUGGCAACAAUGGAUAUAACUCCGCUGUUCAAAGCGUGCGUGAAAACUGUGAGGACGAGGAACAGGGCUUUCGGGGUGAGCGGCUCGGAGGGAGAAAAGCAGCAGUUAUCUGCGUCGAUUUUAGCGCGUGCCAAGAAAACUGCCUUUUGCCUGAAGGCAAAAGAAGUGGUCAACAACAUAAGCAGGCUUCGAGACUUCCUGUUGGAGCACAGGAAGGCCUAUUUAAACUUCGGAGGGCACCUGCCCGACUUGCCGCAAAUGUCAGACGCCGAGCGGGACAAAAUCGAUGCCGGCGCGCAAAUCAUCAUGAACACUUGUUCGCAACUCAUUCAAGACUUCAAGAAAAACGCCGCCAAGAUGGAAGACUCGCUGCAAAUCACAGAGCACAGAAGCUUGGUUUUGGACAUGAUCGAAACGUAUUUGAAGUCAGUGUGCAAAAUCUAUUCUGAGCAAAAGGCGAUCCGCGUCAAGAGAGCGAUGGAUUUUCAGAAGUUCUCUCGCUUCGAAACGGACAGCCCGACCCAUUCGGCCAACCGGCUGGUCGCCUUUAAAAACCUCAAAGCGCAGGACACGGAGCACACGCAGACGGACGCUCUCGACGCCGAGUUCACCAAAGAGGAGCUUCAGAUUUUCGAGCAGGAGAACAAUCAGCUGUUCAACGAGAUGCAGAGUCUGAGCGAGGAAGUGCGGCAGAUCGAGAACAAAGUGGUCCACAUCGCCGAGCUGCAGGAGAUCUUCACGGAGAAGGUGCUGCAGCAGGACAAAGACAUUGACCGGAUCAACACGGCCGUGGUAGGCGCAACGGAAAACGUGAAAGAGGCCAACGACCAGCUCAGACAGGCCAUCCAGAGUAACGCCGGUCUCCGAGUCUACGUGCUACUUUUCUUGCUGGUCAUGUCAUUCUCUCUUCUUUUCCUUGAUUGGUACAAUGAUUGAGUCAAAUUCCAAAUGCAUACAUGUGAUAAGUUUAUUUGAACAAGUA